GAUUAUCUUGAAGAGUGUGUUCGAAGUUUCUGUUAAUGUGUCUUCAGGUCCAGAAGUUUCCAUUUUUAAAAUAUUUCAAACUCAGUAGCCCACUAUUGACCAGAAAAAAGUUCUUAAUUGGUAUAGCACAUAAGAACAUUCCUUCAAUCCUACGAGAAAAAUCAAACGAAAUACUUCAGUUUGUGCAGCAAAAAUUAACUGAAGAUCAUUGCCGAGACGACUAUAAAGAGUUGCUGGAGCUUGUAUGCAUUUUUUUGGGAGGUACACCGCCACGAGGGAUAAUUGGUGCGAUUCAUGAAGCUCGUUUCAUGUCAAAAGCAAUUUACUCGCUAAAAAUUGUCAUGUUUAAGAAACAAAUAAAGUUGACAGCCAAGGAAGAAAAAGGAUUGACAGCAGUGAGUGUAUUUGUUGCUGUACUCUAGGUAAAGUACUGGUUUACUGCAAGUGACGUAAUAAAUGCGCCUCGAAACGACUUUCAAUUUUUAUUAGAUUUGAAACUCUAUGAGAAGACUGAUAACUUAAUUUCCAAUACGGCUUUAAAGAAAUUCAGUGGACAUUUAUGGUACAUAAGUCAGGAGCUAACCGGAUUAGCACUCUUAGAUGAUGGUAUGCACCUUUCAGUUAAAAGUAAAAUGGUGAAAAAGAUUUUGACAAAGACCUCCCGGAGUGAACCACCCUCUUCAAUGGCAAUGGAGGGUUCCGGGUUACAACGCCUAAAAGUAACAUCGCAA